AUGUCGCUUUGUAAGCAACUGCAGUCUAUCCUUACGAGGUUUUGGUGGGACGCUUCACCGGAAGCUAAAAACAUUUGUUGGGUCUCGUGGCAAACACUUACCAAACCAAAAAACUCGGGUGGCCUUGGGUUUCGGGAGAUUGCUCAGUUUAACGAUGCUCUUUUAGCGAAACUCUCUUGGAGAGUGCUGAAGGAUCCAUCAUCACUCCUCGCUAGAACCCUUUUAGGGAAAUAUUGUGUUCAUACCUCCUUCUUAGAAGUCCAACCUCCAUCAUGUGCUUCUCAUGGAUGGCGAGGACUGUUGGUGGAGAGAGAUCUCCUUACAAGAGGACUUGGCUGGGCCCUUGGAUCAGGAGAGGAUGUUGGAGUGUAG